GUAUUGCAUAAUUUUCGUAGCGGACUGCUUUCAAGUAGAACGGGGUUUCCUCCAGGGGCGAUUUAUUUAGCGAGCUCUAUUUGUAUUCAAGGUGACUCUUCGGUCUGCGUAUGCUCAGGCUUGAAGCUAUGAGUCUAAUUGACAUGGUCUAACUGGCAAUGAUGACGAACUAAGUGCCAACAGUAGAAAUGCCAGAUUUACAGAAUCCUGCUAUGUAGCGACACGUUUUAUGAGGCUGCAUCGUAGACGUUGGCGGCGGUAUCCAAGAUUAAUUAGACACGGCUCCUCUUCAAUUACGCUCCAGCAACCUCCCGAAGCUGGAGAACCCUGAACAUCGCGUAGUAUUUUGGUUGUAGCUCCAGUCAAGCGUCGCAUCUCACCAGAUGGGGUCUCAAUUGGCUCCUGUCCCUGCGCCCUGGGACGCCGUCCCUCCCCACGAGCAGCUCUUCGUCCUCAUUACAGGCGCCAACAGUGGCAUUGGCCUCAGCAUCGGCGAGCGCCUCAUUGACGAGUUCCUCGCUACGCGUUCCCUGACCUCCCACCUCAUCCUCAUCCCCACCACCCGCUCCAAGUCCAAGUCCCUCCAGACGAUCCGCGCGCUGCGAUCCUACGCCGAACAGGCCGCCCAGACGUCGACGGCUUUGCGAUCCCGAAUCGGCGAGAAAUACCGGUGGGAGGAUACCGUCGCCCGAGUCCACGUCUUGAGUCUGCAGCUCGACCUGUGCGAUGUGCGCGGCCUCUACGCCUUCGCUGACCGCCUGGUCAACGAGCCCGUGAGCAACCCCGAGGGUUUACAGGACGAGUAUCUCCGAAAUGUGUACAUCCCGCGCCUGGACAGUGUCGUGUGCAAUGCCGCAUACGGCGGCUGGUCUGGCUGCAACUACCCCUUGGCCAUCUGGAGCUUCUUCACGAAGGGUUUGACGCAGUCCGUGACAUGGCCCACCUUCAAGGAUGCUCUACCAACCUGCAUCUUGAACGAACAAGCCCAAUAUGGCUACCCCGCCAAGCCCCUCCUCGGCGAGGUCUUCUCGGCCUGUGUUUUCGGCCAUUACAUUCUCGCCCACGAGCUCCUCCCUCUCCUAAGCCGCCGCUCCCAGAACGAAACCCCCGGUCGUAUUAUUUGGUCCGGUAGUCUUGAGGCAGUCCGCAACUCGCUGAAUCUGUCAGAUAUCCAGUGCUUCGAUGGCAUUGGACCCUACGAGUCCUCCAAGCGACUCACCGACGCCCUCUCCCUCACCACCACGAUGCCCUCCUCCCAGCCCUACUCGAUUCCUUUCCUCACCCUCGAUGAUCCUAAGGAAGCCGAGGCGAAGCCUGUGCGGCCCAAGUUCUACCUCACGCAUCCGGGCAUCGUCGCCAGCACCAUCUUCCCCGUCCCCUGGUUCCUCAUGGGGAUCUACACAUUUGCCCUCGUAGUCGCCCGCUGGCUCGGCUCCCCCUGGCACGCCGUCGACCCCUACACGGGGUCCAAGUCGGCCGCCUGGGUCGUGCUGCAGGAGCAGUCUGCCCUCGACGACCUCGAUGCCGAGCACGUCAAGUGGGGCAGCUCCUCUAAUCGCAAGCUCGAGGUGGACGUCAAGAAGACCGAGGUUGAGGGCUGGGGAUGGGAGGGCAAGGUCGAGGACCCCAAAGCGGACACGGCCGUCGGCGUGCUCAACAAGUCGGUCGGGAGGAAGUCGGGCACCCAAAAUGUCACCGAGGAUGACCUCGUCGAGUUUGAGGCGCUGGGUGCGGAGUGCUGGAAGAAGAUGGAGGAUCUACGGCACGAAUGGGCAAAUAUUAUUGAUGUCAAACGGGCGUAAUGGAUUCGCGGAUACUUGCAUCAACGGGGGCGUAUGCAAGUAAGACGCCACGAGAUGGAUGGGAAUGCAAUAUAGAGCCAAAAAGCAGGCAGGGCGACGACUUGAUGGGUAUCUUGCGAUAACGACACGCAUACAUAACAAAAGAUAUACAGAUGA